AUGUCUGGUGAGUUCAAAAUUCUUGCGACGAGGGACUGCAGCUUCUUUUGGAUUGACAAGAGGCAUUUGCCACAGGUUAGGCCUGGCGCUGCAACUGGCGCAGAUAAGCCGGCAGCUGACAGAGCGUCCACAGACCGGCUUAGAGCAAUCCAGACGCUGAGGUUCAAGGCUCCCGACCAGCGAAGCUCAGAAGACGUCGCUUUACUUGUCAAGCUGUUUCACGGCAAUAAGUUCUUCGAUGAACAGGAGGAUACCGUCCUUCAUGAGAUCUGUCGAAGCAUGUCUUACGUCGAGGUGAAGCGGCAACAUAUCAUCAUCAAGCAGGGCGACGUUGCUGAUAUGUGCUACAUCCUGCUGAAAGGGGCUGUUGGAAUUUGGGUCAAUGAGCAAAAGCAACUGAACGAAGAGGAGGCACGGGAUGAGUCUGAAGGUCUCCCCAGAACGAAGGAUACGCAAGAUGGCGAUCCUGACCCUUCCUCGACACAACCAGCAUGUGUGGCAGAGAAGGAGACGAGUGAGGACACCAGCCAGCUCCAUGCAACGAAGAAGCUGCAAAAGGCAGCUGUGAAGUUGCUGGUUGCAAGGCGCGGUGCGGGAGAUCUGCAAGCUGAAGCAGCGGAAGGCAACCAGACGGCAGAGCCGCAGGACACCAGUUCACAUAUUGAUUCGGUCACCGGAGGCCCCAUCCACGCAAGCCGGGUAAAGGAACUCAAAGAGGGUGCUUGCUUUGGAGAGACUGGAUUGCUCCAUGGUGCCCGUCGGAAUGCGUCGAUCAUCGCUUCGGAAGCUUGCCAGCUAGGCUGCAUCAGCAAAGCUCUCUUCGAAACGAAGCUUCGCGCCGCCUACCUGGCCAAGGAACAGGGCCGGGUCAAUUUUUUGAGAGAUCAUUUGCCGAAGACAUUGAAUGGCUCAGACCACGCGCAGGUGUUGGGGGGCUUCUUUGCUGAACAACAGGUGCGCCGUGGACAUGUGUUGUGCACAUCUGGAAAGCCAUGCGAUCGCCUCACCCUCAUCCGAGACGGAUUAUGCAAGGUCCGAGUAUUACGAGAGGGGAGACCUCAGGAAGUAGGAGAAAUCGGACGGGGCCAGAUUGUUGGCCUGUCAACAAUCGGCGGCAUGAGAGCAGAGCCCUUUACAGUCGUCUGUGCCAGUCCAGAGGUGGCCAUCCUUCGGAUGGAUUCAACAGAUGCUCGUAACCGUAUUCCGUCAGACCUGCGAGAGGCCAGAUGUGUGUAUGGGAUAGCAAGCGUGCCCAUGGCGGAUCCUGUGGAUUGUGAGUGGGAACUCUGGAGCGAUUGGACAGUUUGCCAAUUCACCUGUGGCAACGGUGUAUCUCUUCGUACGCGCGACAUAAAGCGCAGCGCAGAAAAUGGUGGUUCAUGUGACAGUAAUUGGAAGGAGCAGAGAUCAUGUACAAACGGCGAGUGCCCAGUUGACUGCGCAUGGAAGGAUUGGAAUGACUGGGGUUCGUGCUCCCAGACUUGUGGCAGGGGUUCCUCCACCGCAACGCGCGAUUCGACCCCUGCCGAGUUCGGAGGCGAGCCAUGCGUGGGAGCAUCUCAGCGCCAGAUGGACUGCAAUGUGGAUCCAUGUCCCGUGGAUUGCGCUUGGAGUGACUGGAGCGACUGGUCCUUCUCUUCCAGUUGUGGUGCUGGCACGAAGCAUCGGCACCGGCAGGUGCUCGUUCCAGCGAACGAGCUGGGAACGGCUUGCGUGGGUCCGACCACGCAAAGUGCCAACAGUGCACACACUGAGUGUCCUGUUGACUGCGAGCUGGACGACUGGGGAAGAUGGUCUCUUUGCAGCACAACCUGUGGUGCAGGCGUGACAAAGCGGAGUCGCACGGUUAGCAGAGCUGCAAGCUUCGGCGGUGCAGCAUGCGGCAGUCUGCAGGAGUCGAAGAUGUGUGAUGGAGGAGACUGCCCGGUUGAUUGUCGAUGGUCUGACUGGAGCAGUUGGCAAGCAUGUUCGACAUCGUGCGGCGACGGCAAUUCUACAAGAUCCAGGACUGUAUCAGUUCCGCGCAACUCCUUUGGAGAGGAUUGCCAGGGGAAACCUCAGCAAAGCAGGCAGUGUAGCAACGAACCUUGCCCAGUACCUUGCAAAAUGUCUGAUUGGACUCAGUGGACUUCUUGCCCUGUCACUUGCGGUUCUGCCUCUGUCCAGCGAACGCGGACAGUUGCCGAGCAAUCUGGGAAUGGUGGUAGUUGUCCUGGCCAAGAUCAUGUCUUUGAGAAGAAGUAUUGCAGUGUGGAUCCAUGCCCAGUGGACUGUACAUGGGAUGAUUGGGAUGACUGGCACGCAUGUUCCUCAACUUGCGGCAGUGGGCAGACUCUGCGCAUCCGGCUAGUCAAAACUCCCGCCGAGGGUGAUGGUCAAGAUUGUAUUGGCCUCCGGGAGGAGAAUCGUACAUGUGAACAAAUGGCGUGCCCAAAGCAUUGUGAAUGGCAGGAUUGGGGGGACUGGAUGGGUUGUUCAGUUUCAUGUGGUGAUGGCACCGGUGAGCGCCAGCGCGAAAAGGCUUCUGAGGCAUUUGGAGGCUUGCCCUGCAAGGGCGAGGCCAGUCAGAAUGGCCUCUGCCAUGCAGGUCCAUGUCCGUUCGCUUGCCAGUGGGGUGAUUGGACUGAUUGGGAAUGCUCCGCAUCUUGCGGACAAGGGUCAAAAUCCCGCCGUCGAUCAGUUCUGGUUCCAGCAGAGUAUGGUGGAGCUGAGUGUGCUGGCAGCAGCGCUGAAACUGGAAACUGCGUUCUUCAAGAGCACUGCCCGGUGGACUGUCAAUGGUCCGACUGGAGUGACUGGCAUCAAUGUUCUGUGAGCUGUGGACAAGGCAUGAGCAAUCGCAACAGGACCAGAUUGAAGUACGAAGACUAUGGUGGUCAGGCGUGCUUCGGCACUGCAGAUGACGAAGCAAUCUGUGACGCUGGAGCCUGCCCUCAUGAUUGUGCUUAUUCUGAUUGGGGGCCGUGGUCUGGGUGCCCAGUCACGUGUGGCAAUGGAACUCGCACAAGGGCUCGAAGCAUCCACGCUGAAAGCGAAUUUGGGGGCAAGGCUUGCCUCGGCCCUUUCACGGAUGAACGACGUUGUGCCUCCAACGCCUGCCCAGUAGAUUGUGUCUGGAGUGUGUGGUCUGAUUGGAGCUCCUGCUCAUCGAGCUGUGGCGGAGGCCAUGCAUCUCGCACUCGAACAGAGUUGGUCUCUGCAAAUCAUGGUGGCAUGUUAUGUCAGGGAAUGCCGCAAGAUGAGCAUCGCUGCAAGCAUCAAGCCUGCCCGAUUGACUGUGCCUGGGAACCCUGGUCCGAAUGGUUGGCAUGUUCGGUGUCUUGUGGUGGAGGAGAGAGGUAUCAGCAUAGGAAUCGAGCAAUGCCCAUGUUUGGAGGCGCACCUUGCGAGGGCAGUGAGACAAAUAUGGAAGCUUGCAACCAACAGGAGUGCCCAAUUGACUGUAUAUGGUCUUUCUGGACGCAAUGGUCGGACUGCUCCAAGAGCUGCGACCUGGGAAGCACGUCACGUUCAAGGAGCAGGGCUGUGACUGAACAGUUCGGCGGACUGCCUUGCCCAGGGGUUGCCCACCAAGAAGAAGAAUGCAACAGGGAAGGCUGUGCAGUCGACUGCGAGUGGGGUCCAUGGAGCAGGUGGACGGCUUGUUCCGCAAGGUGUGAUGAUGGGCUUUCGAAGCGAUUCAGAGAUGUUCUCGUGCCACCGAAGAAUGACGGCUUACCCUGCAUCGGAGAGGAUGAGGAGCAGGCCGUGUGUCACGAGGCAUGGUGCCCUCGAGACUGCAAGUGGGACGAUUGGAGUUCAUGGACUGAGUGCACUCAGUCUUGUGAUGGGGGAUGGAGGCAAAGAACUCGAGCAAAGCUUCAGGAGGAACAGCAUGGAGGCACACCCUGUGCAGAUUCCAGCCAGGAUGGGGAGUACUGCAACACCCAGGUUUGCCCCGUGGACUGUAUCUUAACAGAUUGGUCUCCGUGGGGAUACUGCAGUGCGACAUGCGGAUCUGGGGUUCAAGCUCGGACGCGAGGAAGGCUGCAAGAGCGGAACGGUGGUCGACCUUGCAAACGUGACUUGAUAGAGACUCGAGAAUGUGAUAAUGCACCUAAUCCGACGUUGUGCCCCUCUCCUACGUCAGUCUCUGCAGACCUACCAGGCAUACCUACGGCAAAUGGGGCAACAAGCCUUCCAAGGUCAGCUGGACUGGUGCCAGGAUUGUCUUCCCAGCCAUCCGCACCUGGUUUAGCCAGUAUUCCAAGAGUGGCUCCAAACUAUACCUUUGAACAAGCGCAGGCGGCUGCGUCAGGUGCGUCAAGUAUGGGAGUGUCUGGCUGGGAUCCUGUGCGCAACCGAGGAGGCAAAAGGAUACCUUCCCAUGAAGAUAUUUCCAGGCACUACCCACCUGAGCUGCACAAGAGCUUUCCCCAAGCUGCUGGGCCAUCCGCAUCAACAAAGCCUGCAGCUCCGUGUUUGAAAGAUGAUCUGAAAGCUACUCUGGAGGUCUAUGAACGCUCCAAGUCAACAAUUGCCUCCAUGAAGAGGGAUUGGAUGCAAGGAGAACAAAAUGUCGUGGCAAAGGUGGCUGGCAAUCUGACUCUUCACGCUGAGCAGUCUGACGAGCUCCUGAAAAGUGCAGCUGCCAAAGUUGCACUAGCCAAGGCAGUGGCGAAUCUGGCUUCUGUAAAGCCUGAAUCGGUGACCGUAACCAUGCGCUCUCCAACAUCGGCUACCGGAGACAAGGCGAGCAAUCUGAUUGCCAGAUAUUCCAUCAACUUGUUGGCCGAUGAUGCAUACACCGCAGCCAGCGUUUCAGCGAUGGUGCAGACCCAAUCUGCAGCAAAGGUCACGCAGGAGCUUCAGAAGGAGCUGUCUGCGGUGUGGUCUGGAAGAGUCAAGGCUGUCGGUCUCAGCAUGCGAGUGGAGCUCCCUACAGACUAG